UUCGUGAAUUGAAUAUGUUGAAGUUCAUAUGAGACAGGUCUGAAAAAUUUCGCUUCGGAUCGAACCAUCAUUCUCGCCGUCCAUAUGCCGGUCUACGAUGGAAAAAAGCGACUUGCAGCGCUUUCGCAAUGAAUGCGUAGCUGCCCAUAACUUCUACCGCGCCGCACAUGGAACAGCGCCUCUUUGCUGGUCAUCGCGACUCGCGGAGAGCGCGCAAAAUUGGGCAGAUUACCUCGCUAGUUCCGUUGGCGGCUCGCUAAGGUACAGCUCUGACAAGGACAUCGGCGAAAACCUCGCCUGCUUAUGGGGCUCUGAACUAAACGGGCAGAAAGUCACACGGAUCUGGUACGAAGAAGGGAAGUAUUUUGAUUAUAACAAGCCUCGAGUUAACUCGCGUACGCGCUCCUUCUGUCAGGUGGUAUGGGAGGGGACGCGAGAGCUUGGAGCGGGAGCGGCUGUCACCAAACAUGGAAAACAGAUCAUUGUGGCACGGUAUUUUCCAGCCGUGAAUAAGAGAGAUGUGACGCGGAACGUGAAGAAAGCUAGGAGCACGUCAGAGAAUGAACAGCCUCUGGCGUACGAUACGCGAUGGAGCAGGCUCUAUGUUGGCCUUAAAGAGUUUCACGAAGAAUGCCUGGCUGUGCACAAUGAGUACAGGUUCAGACACGGUGCCGCUCCCCUUCAGUGGUCAGCGGAACUAGCUUGGGAAGCCCAGCAGUGGGCUGAGAAUUUGGCGCGAAGUGGUGAACUUCGACACAAUGAUGACGACACUGUUGGGGAGAAUUUAGCAGGAAUGGUGGGUGGUGAACUAACUGGGCGGGAAGCGACAGAUAUGUGGUAUGACGAAAUAGAAGACUACAACUUUGAUGACCCGGGUUACAGCGAAGAUACAUCAAACUUUUCGCAGAUUGUUUGGGUCGCUUCAGAGUCUCUCGGAGUUGGUAGAGCACUCCACGAUGAUCUGUGUGUAGUUGUCGCUUUUUAUGAACCUCCGGGUAACAUGGAAGGAUCAUUUGGGGACAACGUUCUUCGUAUGGGGUCAGCGGUGCGGCAAAGAAAGAGUAAAGAGCCAAGAGGGUUUGUGCCGCCUACCCCUGACUUAGAGAGUUUUCGCCUGGAAAUGCUCGUCACCCAUAACUACUUUAGAGCCCGUCAUGGUUCUCCUCCGCUAGUUUUCAGUGGGGCCCUAACAGAUGAGGCCCAGUAUUGGGCCGAGCGCCUUCUGGUGACUGGCGCCAUGGAAAGCUUGGAUAAUUCGAGGAUUGGAAUAAGCGUGGCGGUGCUUGACAAGGCCCAAGUCAGCGGUGUAAAGGUCUCUGAGCUCUGGUACAAGGAAAUAUUGAGCUAUGACUUUGACAGUCCUGGCUUUAGUAACGAGACACUAAACUUCAGUCAGCUGGUCUGGCAAAGCAGUCGUAAGCUGGGUAUUGGUAAAGCAACAGGUGUGGACGGAGUGACUGUCAUUGUAGCACGCUAUGAGCCUGUCGGCAAUAUAGAUGGACUGUUUGUGCAGAAUGUCAAGCGACGAGGACACGAGAGAGGCAGCUGUGAACCAAUGAUAUUCCACGUGGAAUAUAGAUACCGUGUGCGAGCCGACAGCAAGUCCACUACCAGCUUUAUGAGUUGGGAGCAUGAAGAUGCGCCGACUUUUGUUGAACUACAGACUGGCUCCGUGAGGACGAGUUGUGAAGCACCUCAAGGGACUGGACUUAAUCGUGCAAAGUUUCUGUUAAACCGUUUAUUAGAAGACUUGGACCGGUGUCGUAACAGCUGUUACCUUUCCCCUCCCCUUAGUAUGGCCGCCAGUUUAAGUUGGAGUGACUCGGACGAGUUUGAUGAGAACGAGAAUAUCCUCCACAGGGCCCAGGCGCAGCAGGAAGUAUCUAACAACCUGACAGUAAGCGACCAUUUUACCCGGCUGGUGUGGAUAGAUCCUAACAGCCCUACUCUACAGAGGAAAGGUGUUAUCGAGGAGCCUGCUAAGGAUGACAAGAGUGGGCUGGAGGAGGAUGAAGAGAAAGAGGAUCCGCGGACAGCGUAUGAACAGGAUAACACGUCAGAGGCAGCUGAUCUUACCAGUGUAACGGAAGAACCACUCUUGCAUACCGAGGAGGGCGAAUUGGAAGAGGCUGAUUUGUUUUCUGAUCCCGAAGAUGAUCUGCAUCAACGUUUCUCUGAGGUGCGUCGCUCUCUUACAUUGGAUUCAGAGGGAACAGAACCAGACAUGCAGAGGGCAAGCGUUCUGUCCAAGGUAGCUUUCUUUGAGAUGUUUCAGCAAGGCAUGGAAACUCAAUCACCCUCCCAUUCAGAAACCUUACUUAGACGCAGUCUCAUUCAAGAAGAGCUGGAGGAAUUGGCUUCCCGUCCGAAAAGAAGUUCUUUCCCGCAAGAAGAGGAAGUUAGAGGAGAAGAGGAAGUCUUGGAAGAACAUGAGUGUCAGCUGGAAUUUGACGAUGUAUUUCCUGCGCACAGGGAGGGGGACGAAGAAGAUGUGCAAUUAGACGAAGACAUAUUUGACGACGAGGCUGAAGACGAAGAAGAAAGUCUGGUAAGUGUUUCAGAAACAGAGGAUGUGCUAGAUUUUCCAGACUAUGAUACCAGACCAGAAGGCCUACAAGACCUUGAAUUUGAGGAGGUCGUUUGCGUGACCCACGAGUUUUCAGAAGAAGAGCAAUCAGCUAUGGAGAUCACUGAUGCCUACCACGAGGAUAUUUCGCAUGAGCAUCCCGAGAUUACGGAAGAGGAGGACCAACCACUUGGUCCAACGAACUUGAGCACAGCUGAUGAGUCUUACAGAACUAAUAAUUUUAUAUUGUGCGAGGAUGAAUCACCUGAUUUAGUAGAGAACACGCCAGAUAAUUCUAGGGAAGAAUGUUUUAAAUCUAGUGAGCCAGACUUAAACGAACAAAGAGACUCAUUUGAAAGAACUCCAGAUCCAGAGUUUUGUUUAAUGGCUUCGAAACAGGAAAACGUCGAAAUUCGAAUGAAAGAACUCUCAGCCAUAGGAGGACUUUCAUUAGUGGAGGUGAGCGAGGACGCUAGUGACGAAUCUGGUGAUUUCAACGAAACUAUGGAAGGAAAGCUUUUAGAAAAUAUUGUAAACAAUGGAAGGGGUUAUGAGCCAGAAUAUGAAAAAACACCAAUUGAAGAAACUUGUGAGGCUACCUUUCGAGAGGCUGUGGAAUCGGAAAUAGAUUUUGAAGCGUUGUUUGGAAAACUCCACGCAGAUUGGGAUGUAUCGGAGAAAGCUAACGAAGGGCAAGAAAGUAGUAAAGUCAUCUACCCCUCUGAAACAGUUCAAGUUCUAUCACGAGGUGAUGAAAGUGAACGUGCAGCGAAAUUUACACAAAUAAGCCCUGAUCUUGGGCCUUCACCCAUUACAGAUAAUGACGAUGAUCUGGAAGCAGAAGGGAAGGCUGAGUUAGAAGUAACGCUAGAUUACCAAGGUACAACAUCCAUUCCUGCACGCGAUGAAUGCUUCGAUGAAUCUACUCAGAAGGACACCAUUCAUGUGGUUUGGAAAAGCGCGAAGGAUCCCGUGGAGCCACAAGCGCGAUUGGUCAGUCCGACCCCGGAAGAUAAUGCGGAACAGUGUUAUGAAGCUCUUCGUCGAGAUUACGGUCAGGAACGUGCAAAGGCUCUCGAGGAAACCAGCUUAGAACUUAAUUUAGUGUUCUCCUCAUCUGAUGAGAUACUUCCAUCUGAAGAACAUGUCGAACCAUUAGAUUACCAUCAAGCAUCUAAAUCAUCAACAGCGAGCGAGCCAUCAGAGAUCGUAGAGCACAUUGAUGCCGAGACUCGUCAAGUUGUGCAAUCUAAAAUGAACUUCGAGGACAUGUUUUGUUCCCUAGACGAAGAAAACGCAGAGUUUGCGGACGAACUUUCGGAAACCGAUCAUUUUGAAGAUAUCGUAAGAGAAUCCACUUCAAAAAUUGGGAACACACCAGAAAAUUUUAAGGAGGAACGUUUUAAAUCUAGUGAGCCAGGCUUAAACGAACAAAGAGACUCAUUUCAAAGAACUCUAGAUCCACAGAUUUGUUUAAUGGCUUCGAAACAGGAAAACGUCGAAAUUCGAAUGAAAGAACUCUCAGCCAUAGAAGGAAUUUCACUACUGGAGGUCAACGAAGAUGCUAGUGACGAAUCUGAUGAUUUCGACGAAACAAUGGAAGGAAAGCUUUUGGAAAACAUUGUACACAGUAAAAGGCAUUAUGAGCCAGAAUAUGAAAAAACACCAAUUGAAGAAACUUGUGAAGCUUCUUUUCGAGAGGCUGUGGAAUCGGAAAUAGAUUUUGAAGCGUUGUUUGGAAAACUCCACGCAGAUUGGGAUGCGUUGGAGAAAACUAACGUAGGGCAAGAAAGUAGUAUAGUCAUCUACCCCUCUGAAACAGUUCAGGUUCUAUCACGAGAUCGGGAAAGUGAACGUGCAGCGAAAUUGUCACAAAUAAGCGCUGAUCUUGGGCCUUCACCCAUUACAGAUAAUGACGACGAUCUGGAAGAAGAAGGGAAGGCUGGGUUAGAAGUAACACUAGAUUACCAAGGUACAACAUCCAUUCCUGCACGUGAUGAAUGCUUCGAUGAAACUGCUCAGGAGGAUACCAUUCAAGUGGUUUGGAAAAGCGCGAAGGAUCCCGUGGAGCCACAAGUGCGAUUGGUCUGUCCGACCCCGGAAGAUAAUGCGGAACAGUGUUAUGAAGCUCUUCGUCGAGAUUACGGUCAGGAACGUGCAAAGGCUCUCGAGGAAACCAGCUUAGAACUUAAUUUAGUGUUCUCCUCAUCUGAUGAGAUACUUCCAACUGAAGAACAUGUCGAACCAUUAGAUUACCACCAAGCACCUAAAUCAUCAACAGCGAGCGAGCCACCAGAGAUCUUAGAGCACAUUGAUGCCGAGACUCGUCAAAUUGUACAAUCUGAAAUAAACUUCGAGGACAUGUUUCGAAAAGAAAAACGAGCGUCACCGUAUAUGGAGGAAAAUUCAUGUGUGGACUCGGUGAAGUACAAAGGACCUGAGGAUUCCUUACACAUUGCUGGUGAAACACGUAGCUCUGAAAUAACCGAAGAGGUGGUAGAACAACAUGAUGACGUACAACAGACAUCAUUGGUCAUGCAUGAACAAACAGUUGGUAGUGUUACAACCCGGUCGACGUCCUCGCCGUCGGUUAUAGCUGGUGAUGGCGCUUAUGGAAAGAGUUUUGAAGAAAUGUAUGAAGAUGUUUUUGAUGAAGUGGAGAGAAGAGCGUCUUUGUUAGAGGAAGAAGACUCAUUUAUCCAUGAAGUAGAACCUAUCACUCCUUCUUCCCCCAAACAUCUCGUUCAAGAACAUCAAAAUGUCGAACCCUUUGAAGAAAUUGAUGAAGAGCUCAUUCAGGAAAGCAAACGGGCAUCACUGCUUUUAGAAGAGGAAAAAAAUAAAGUAAACGUUCAAACUGACAGCCCAUCUUCUCCAAAGCACAUUGCAGUGGAAAGCCGAAAUUUCGAGACUUACCACGAACUAGAAGAAGAAUCUAUCGAGGAGUGUAACCGAGCAUCGUCGUUUUUAGACGAAGGUACUCUUGUAGACGAGGAGAUAACUGUUUUGCCGUCAUCUCCUGAGCACCUUGCAGGAGAAGGCUCGAAUGCAGAGAAUUUCGAAGAAGUGGAAGAAGAGCCAACCGCUGAAAAUAAACGAGCCUCUCUUUUCAUCGAAGAAAACUUUGCUGUUGACGAAUUGACACCCACCAAAACGUCGGUUCCCAUUCAUAUUGCUGGUCAAGAGGUGCGCAUAUCAGAAUUUGUGGAAAUCUCAGAAGAAGCUACGGCACCUUUAGAGCUCGCCCAGGAAUUUGAAGAAAGUGAUGAGGAGGUCAACUACGAUUAUGCCGUUACUAAAACCACUGAUGGAAACAAUCAUGUUGCUGGUGAGGUUACAAACAUAGAGCUUAGAGAGAUUACAGACGAAGAAGAGUCACCAGAAUCGGAUUAUGGUGAACAGUUUGAAGAAUUCGAGAGUGCUUAUCGCACUCAAGGACUCAUGGAGCCAACUCGAAGCGCGCAUAUUGCUGGAGAAAUAGAUAACAUUGUCUCUCGUGAUGAGAUCAUGGAAGACACAUUGCAGCUGGAGGAAGGUUUAGAGUUCGAAGACAGCCUUCAACUUGUAACCACAACUAAUAUAGAGGACACAAACCAAUCUUCACUACACGUAGCUGUUGAACUCUCUAACAUUGAACCACAUGAAGAAUCCUCAGAGGAAGAAAAACCAGAAAAAGAAGAGAUUGCAGAGGAAAUUGAAGAAGCUGAGGUGCGAGCCACAACUGUUGCUCUUAAAUCUCCUCAAUCUUUAUUGAGUAUUGCCGCUGCUGCAUUGGAACUCAAAAUUGAUACUACACAACAGGUCUCUGAGGUGGUAGAAACAAAAUCUGAAGUAACGCAACAACAUAGUGAAGAGAAACAUCUCGAGGUGCCAGCUAUUUUUGUGAACGUUGCCGAUGAAGUAUCCGAUAAUGACGAAGAAAGUGCAUGCUAUGUCGAAGAAGAACCAAAUAUCGAGACAGAAAUACAAGAACAAUUUGAAGAAACUGUCGUAAAAUAUAAGACUGAAAAAAAACCUGUCUCUGAGUCGCAUGUUGCUGCAGAAGUUUGCAUUUCCGUAUUUCCUUCAAAGAAAGAUGAAGUGGAGGAGCAAACAGACUUUGCUGAACCUUUUGAGGAAAGUGAAGAGGGCUCUGUCUCAGAAUUAAUGUCCGAGUGUUCGUCGUCACCGUUGCACGUUUCUAGUGAACUCAAGGAUUUUCAAGAUUACGAAACAACUGGCGAGGAUUAUGGCACUGAAACCUAUCAAGUCAUGACACUCGAUGAAACUAAGUUCGUUUCGGAAAAGUCGUUCUCGAAAGGAUUGCCAUCACUUUACAUAACAGAAGAACUGUCGACACAAGCAAUUUAUGACGAAAGUGUCCUGAACGGGAAAUCAGUUGCAAUCGAAACGACUGAGGAGUACAAGAAAGAAGAGAAACCUUUAGAGACGGAAACUAGCAUUUUCGUAUCUCAACCGCUCCUGCAGACGGUUUCGGAUUUUUCCGACUCUGAUUACAAUGACGGUGUUGGAGAGGAAGAUGACUUAAGCGAGAGAGAGUUUUGUGAAGGAUUUGAAGAGAUGGAAGAGAGCGGCAGAAGAGAUACACUGUCAGGAGAGCCAACUAACGCUGUUUCUAAAAGCGUGUUAAGCGAGUCGCAAGUUUCAGAGGAAGAAGAUAAACUUGUAGACGCAACUGACAACGCACAGAAAUCUAAGGAACAAGAGCUUGUUUAUGUUCAUCACUAUGCAAGAGAUGUCGAAAGAGAAAGCAUUGUCCAUACGGAAGGAAAAACGAAGGAAGACACUAAGGAAAUCGAAGAAAAAGGUUUUACACAUCAGAUGCAGACGUUUACGACUGCGAGCCAGAGAGAACAGAGAUCUGUUGAAGUCAAGUCUAGUUAUCAUGUUAUGGAGAGCAGAGAGUCACAAAGCAGCGAACAUAUCUAUACUGGAGAAGAAGAACAGCGAAUGGAAACAUCGCACACAAUUGAAGAGACAGUUCAAGUUAUUGCAUCGAAAACAACGCGUCAGGUAUCUUCCACAGAUUCUCACAUUGCUACUGCAAGUGAAGCAAUUCACUACAAGGCCGACAAAAACAGUGAGGGUAUACUAAAGGAAGAAUUAAAAACAGUUCAAGAAAUCUCUUUCACUCCAACAAAACAAACAACCCGACAAACCUCGUGGGAAAACGAUCAACACUAUGUAAAAAAUGAUCAGCUUAGUGAAAGUAUUUUAGAGAAAGAAGUCGAGGAUCAAGAAACCAAGAAGAAUGAAAGACUACUUUCAGAGGACGAAACAGAGGUUCGUCUUUUAAAGAGCGAAGUUAUGAAAUCCAAGGCGGCUGAACAACAAGAGUCCUUGGGGAACCCACAUGUGAUGAUAGAACGGGAGUCAAAAUUUGUGAGUCUUGUUCACUCUGGAGUUAAGGACGUUCGAGAAGUUCAACAGGUUAUACGACAGGAAGACGUAACGGUCAUCUUAAAAGAUGACGAAGCUUCUCUUGAAGAAGAGUCAGCAGAAGAACACUUUGAAGAAGAAAUCGAUAUUAUGCGAAUGGAUGAAGCCUUGUCAGAGGAAGAAUUCCGUGGCGAAGGAGCUGAAAAUGUUGAUCAUGGCAGUUCAAGAUUAUCCAAGACCGAUUCAGUAGAGGAAAUAGACAGAUGGGACCAAGAGGAGGGAAGUAAACCUCUCGAGGAUGAACGAAAAAAACAUCUCUUUGAGGAAGAAGUAGACGUAAGCGAAGUGCAAUCUAUCUAUGAGGAGGAAGUGGAAAUGCAAAGGGUCAAGCUAAAAGAGGACGGAGACCCUUCUGAAACUAAGGAUAAUGUCGUCAGUAGCACGCCUACUUUUGAAGAAGAAGUUGAGAUAGCAGCACAUGGAAGCACUAUUCAAGCGGAAGAAGGCAGCUUUGAAAGCCAGACGGCUGACAAUAUGCAAUUAAGACCACAGUCAACGGAGUUUGAGGAGGAAUUGGAGGUAUCUACACUACAAGAAGUUCAAGAAGCGGGCUCAGAGGAUUUUGAUCCAGAAGGUCAUUCAGUAGCAGCGGUAUUUGAAGAAGAGGUGGAGAUUUCUGCUUCAAGAGAAGAGUACCAAGAACCCAUGAUGGUUAAAGACGAGGAACGCAAAACAGUUUACUACAUAGAAAGUUCAGAGCAGUUUGUUGAAGAAGGACGUGCUAAACUUGUUGAAAAGAGAUCCACACGAAGGCAGCCGCUUGAUUUGAGCCAAGUUGAUCUGUAUGAGGAUGAAGGAGCAGCAACACGGUAUUACGUUGAAUUGUCAUCAACAGAGAGCCUGGAACGAGCUUAUGAGGAGGUAGAAGAUGAAGCACCGUUCACCGAAAAAUUCGUGCGACAGGGAGAUCCAUUGGAAGAAAACCUUGAAGAGUUUAUUCUCGUACGAUACGGUGAUGAGUUUGAAUCUUCUGGUGAGGAGGACCUUUCUGAGCAACGAGAAAUCUACGUCAUUCCUGAGGAGGAUAAUGAUGGUGAAAACAACAACCUUGUAGAAUACCCGAAGGAAGAGCUUGAAAUUGAAAAGGAACCACUCGCGGAGAGUUUUUACGAGAGAGAAUACAAAGACGUUGGUCUAGAGGAAAUCCGAGAAUCCCCAGAAUUCGGAAUCGACGAUUCUCCAGAAGACGAAUUGGAUGAAGAGGAACAGCGUCAACUCGAAGAAUAUGAACGGCUGGAGUCAUUUGUUAUCUUAGAGGAGAAAUUGAGCCAAGUGGAGUCCGAUGAAGACUGUGAUGACGAGAAUGGGGGUUUCAGAGGGGAGGAAGGGGACGAAAAUGUCUUCCAUUCAGAUGUACAUUCUAGCAGUGAAGAAACUUUGCACGAGGAUGAAUUAGGUGAGACCAUGACGACUUCUUCGAUUAGACAUGCAGCAGUGUCUGCUGAUACCGAAUCAAAUGAAGAUAAAAAUGCGGAUCGCCAGAGUAGCGGCACACAUCAAGAACUCGCUGAGGAUUCCUUUGUAGUAAAAGAUGACGAAUUGGAAGUUCAGGAGGGUUUUGCUGAGAGUGCAGUGAAAGAUUUUUCCAGUGAGGAAUUUCAAACGUUACCAAUACAGAAGGGUAUUCUUUCUGAUGAAGGAGAUCGAGAGAACGUGAAAGCAACUCCAGAAUCUGUUGAAAAAGAAGUACACCCCGAAUCCAGAGAAGGAAAAGACAAUAAAAACGAGCACAAUCUAAGCAGUGACUCUUCUGGUGAACAAAGUAUUUCAAGUGAAGGAUCAUUGUCCUCCACGGCCUCAGUUGAUCUUGAAGGAUUAAAUGACUUUGAGCAAGAUUGUCUUUUGCAACACAACUUCUACCGGCGGCAACACCGAUGCAAACCGCUGAAAUGGUCUGAAGAACUCGCCGCUGGCGCAAAAGAGUGGGCAGAAUAUUUGGCAUCGAUGAGCUCCCUCGAGCGCUGCGACGGGAAAGAAUUUGGUCAAAAUCUCGCAACUUCGCAAGGAAAAGAAUUUAGUGGCUCCGAAGUUGUUGACACUUGGUAUGGAGAAUCAUCAGAGUACAAUUUUGAUGAUCCUGCCUUUAACGCCAAAUGUGGUAAUUUUACGCAAGUUGUUUGGACUUCGUCCUCUGAGUUCGGUGUGGGGAAGUCUGUGGCUGAUGAUGGAACUCAGUAUGUCGUGGCGUGGUAUAAACCUUCAGGAAACGUCGUUGGAGAAUUUAAAGACAAUGUAAAACCACCUAAAGAUUCUUCUAGCCGAGUGCGAAGACGAAGGUCAAGUGCCAGGAGACGUUCCCGGUCAGGAAUUCCGCCGUCCACUCCAGCGGAAAGAGAAAAAUUUAAAACCGAGUGCGUCAUCUCACAUAAUUACUACCGUACAUUUCACAAUGCUCCUCCUCUGCGUUGGUCUCCAUUAUUGGCUGCCGAAGCGCAGAAUUACGCAGAUCGCUUGAUUAAGACAGGCUCACUUACUCACAGCGGGCAAAAGGACCGCGGGGAAAACCUGGCCUACACAUGGGAUAGCCCGCUUUCUGCUCGAGGAGCGGUAGACUUGUGGUAUGAUGAAGUUCAAGAAUACGACUUUGAUUGCCCAGGUUACACAUCCAAUACGGGGCAUUUCACGCAGUUAGUCUGGGUAGGAACAGAAGAAUUUGGAAUGGGAAUGGCUGUAGCUCCCGAUGGGAGACAUGUGGUCGUCGGAAGAUACUAUCCUCCGGGAAACAUCGUAGGACAGUUUAGAGCAAAUGUGCAUCCAAGGGAAAUUGCUGGAAUUCCAUAGUGGGGUUUACAACGAUAAUACAUGGUUAACAGUAUUAGGAAAGUGAUCUCGGACUUAGAAAAAGCGACAGAUGAAAUGGCCCGUUUUUAGUUGUUGUGAAGUCUUGGAAAGAGUAUUUCUUACACGUGAUAUUUGGAAUACGUCAGUUUUAUUUGUCAUAUUGAUCGUUUCACAAUAUUAUCAGUCUCAUGAGAAGUCUAAUGGAAGAUAGUUGAAACCUCUGUUAGACAAAAUUGAGGUUCAUUUUAAUGUUUAUGUACCAUGAGGGCCAGCUUAUGUUGAGCGAAACAGCAAUUUAACCUGCCAAAUUUACGUUAUGAAGUGCCUUUCCGAUCGAGAUGCGAAAAUGCAAGAAUGAGGUGAUAAGGUGUAUGCACGUGUUUCAGUUGAGCUUAAUUUUUUGGGUAAUGCCUCUUCUUUUCUAGAAGACUGAGGAAAUCCGUCACUAAAUUAGGGACAAUGAGGAAGUUCCCACGCCCCCGUAAAAUUCUGAAUUUGAUCAGAUAUGCAGCCUUAGGAAUGUCAACUAUUCAGCUUUUGCUCAAUUCUAACUCUAUACUUGAUCUUGACGGUACUGUCCUGUCAGACUAAUCUUGGUAGUUACUCUAAAU